UUCCAUUCAUUACAGCUUAAGAAAUCAGUUGUUUUGCAGCUUGCAAAUGCUGAAAUGAUGUUAGAGGAAAAAUGCUUCCUUGCAACCUUAAUGAUUUUUGAACAAAAGCUUAAUUUUAGAAAUUGGAACCAGCUAAGAGAAGCUGAACUGAGAUUUUUUUGCUGUAAAAUAAUUUCUUAGUGCAUUUCAUCAAAUGAAUCCCUAUGACUCGCAUGUGUUAGGUAAUCCUGAAAGAGGAGUAAGUGAAACAGACUAUGAGGAGGCACUUAACUGGUAUGGAAUGAGAUUUGACAUCUUUUGUAAGAUAUUUUCAAGGAUAAAUCUGAGUUUUUCAGACACAGAUAGUCAAAAUAGGUUAAGAAUCUCUCACGAAACUUCCAGCCUAUGUAUUUUAGCUUGCUCUCUCUUUUUCUUCACGUUAUUUCUACCUCUGAAUGAAUUCAAAGGGGAACCUGGCUCACAAUCUACUGUUUUGACAAUUGAAUAAGAGUGCUUCUCAUUUGAGAUGAUCUUUAGCUGGGACUGAAAAUAAGCCUCGUAAAUGUUUGGAAAAAUACCUGCUAUGCUGAAACAAUGGAUUGUUUAUGCAUUGUGACGACCAAGAAAUACCGCUAUCAGGAUGAAGACACACCUCCGCAGGAGCACAGCUCACCACACAUUGCCAACGAGGUGACGGGUCCAGAGCUGGUUCAUGUAUCGGAGAAGAAUCUGUCCCAGAUUGAGAAUGUACAUGGAUUUGUUUCUCAUUCUCAUAUUUCACCAGUAAAGCCCACAGAAGCUGUUCCUUCCUCUUCUCCCAUUGUCCCUGUGAUCCCUGUCCCACCAGUCCCUGCUGAGACCACUGUCAUCCCAUCCACCAUACCACAGGCCAACCCACCUCCAGUUCUGGUGAAUACGGAUUCUUUGGACACUCCAACAUACGUCAAUGGCACAGAUGCAGAUUACGAGUAUGAAGAAAUUACUCUUGAAAGGGGCAAUUCAGGACUUGGCUUCAGCAUUGCAGGUGGCACAGACAACCCACAUAUUGGGGAUGAUUCAAGUAUUUUCAUUACAAAAAUUAUAGCCGGAGGUGCAGCUGCACAGGAUGGAAGAUUACGGGUUAAUGAUUGUAUUCUACGAGUAAAUGAGGUUGAUGUUCGUGACGUGACACACAGCAAAGCAGUUGAAGCAUUAAAAGAAGCGGGAUCAAUUGUACGAUUGUAUGUCAAAAGAAGAAAACCAGUGACAGAAAAAAUAGUGGAAAUAAAACUUGUGAAAGGCCCCAAAGCAGGUCUUGGUUUCAGUAUUGCUGGUGGUGUAGGAAAUCAGCAUAUACCUGGAGACAACAGCAUCUAUGUAACCAAAAUCAUUGAAGGAGGGGCAGCCCACAAAGAUGGAAAACUUCAAAUUGGUGACAAACUUUUAGCUGUGAAUAGUGUUUGCUUAGAAGAAGUUACUCAUGAAGAAGCAGUGACUGCCUUAAAAAACACUUCUGACUUUGUUUAUCUGAAAGUUGCAAAACCCACCAGCAUGUUUAUUAAUGAUAGUUACGCCCCUCCUGACAUCACAAACUCUUAUUCUCAACCAGUGGACAACCAUAUCACUCCAUCUGCCUACUUAGGACAGUCCCUUCCCCCAGCAUCUCCAGGGCGAUAUUCACCAAUUCCAAAGGGAAUGCUUGGAGAUGAUGAGAUUACCAGGGAGCCUAGAAAGGUUGUCCUGCAUCGAGGCUCAACGGGUCUUGGCUUCAACAUUGUGGGAGGAGAAGAUGGGGAAGGCAUUUUCGUGUCUUUCAUCCUUGCAGGAGGACCAGCUGACCUCAGUGGAGAACUUAGGAAAGGCGAUCGUAUAAUUUCUGUAAAUGGAGUCGAUCUGAAGGCAGCAACCCAUGAACAAGCAGCAACAGCUUUGAAGAACGCAGGCCAAGCAGUAACUAUUGUGGCUCAGUACCGUCCAGAAGAAUACAGUCGUUUUGAAGCUAAAAUACAUGAUUUACGGGAGCAGAUGAUGAACAGUAGCAUUAGUUCAGGAUCAGGAUCUUUGCGAACCAGCCAGAAGAGAUCCCUAUAUGUCAGAGCUCUUUUUGACUAUGACAAAAGCAAAGACAGUGGCCUCCCAAGCCAAGGACUGAACUUCAAAUUUGGUGACAUCCUUCAUGUCAUCAAUGCCUCGGACGAUGAAUGGUGGCAAGCACGGCAGGUAACUCCAGAUGGAGAGAGUGAUGAAAUGGGAGUUAUCCCAAGCAAACGCAGAGUUGAGAAAAAAGAACGAGCUCGUUUAAAGACAGUGAAAUUUAAUUCCAAGACAAGAGGAGAGAAGGGGCAGUCAUUCAAUGACAAGCGUAAAAAGAACCUCUUUUCCCGAAAAUUUCCAUUCUACAAGAGCAAGGAGCAGAGUGAGCAGGAAACCAGUGAUAUUGACCAGCAUGUAACCUCUAAUGCCAGCGAUAGUGAAAGUAGUUACCUUAUCUUGAUUACAGAUGAGUACGGUUGUUCAAAAGGUGGCCAAGAGGAAUACGUCCUGUCUUACGAACAAGUCAAUCAACAAGAAGUGAACUAUACUCGACCUGUGAUUGUUUUGGGACCCAUGAAAGACAGAAUUAACGACGAUCUGAUUUCGGAAUUUCCAGACAAAUUUGGCUCAUGUGUUCCACAUACUACUAGACCAAAACGGGAUUAUGAGGUGGAUGGACGUGAUUACCAUUUUGUCACUUCUCGAGAGCAAAUGGAGAAGGAUAUUCAGGAGCACAAAUUCAUUGAAGCUGGCCAGUACAAUAAUCAUCUUUAUGGAACAAGUGUGCAAUCGGUGCGAGAAGUAGCAGAAAAGGGUAAACAUUGUAUUCUUGAUGUUUCUGGUAAUGCGAUCAAAAGGUUGCAGAUUGCCCAGCUGUACCCAAUCUCCAUUUUUAUUAAACCCAAAACAGUGGAAAAUAUCAUGGAAAUGAAUAAACGCUUAACAGAAGAACAAGCCAGGAAGACAUUUGAGAGAGCAAUGAAACUGGAGCAAGAGUUUACUGAACACUUCACAGCUAUUAUCCAAGGAGACACACUGGAAGAAAUCUACAACCAAGUGAAACAGAUCAUAGAGGAACAAUCUGGGCCUUACAUCUGGGUUCCAGCAAAGGAAAAAUUAUGAAAACGAAUUUUUGCUUUUCAUUUUCUAUCUGACAUCACCAACUACAUCUGACAACUCUUAAGCCCUUCCAGUGGAGCCUGCCUCUAGUUCCUCCCAGCGUGGUUCAUACCCUAACCAUCACAUUCUGCAGUUCCCAUAACGCUUUAAAUUUGAUGUCUCUCUUAGUUUAAACAAUUUGUAUUAUCGUGUGUUGUUGGUUUGCCAUUUUUCAAACAUGACAGUGGAAUGGCCUGACCAGCUAUUAUUUUGGGGUGGGGGUGGGAGGGGCUUGCUUGGUACAAUUCCUUAAUGUUUAAGGGAAAGUAACUUUCAAAGAUUUUUCAAAAAAAAAAAAAAAAAGCUUUAUAGACAUUCUUUUAAAGUUUCAUAACAAUUGAAAGAAAAGUUGUAUUCCAGGAAGUUGUAAAUCAUGAGUAACUUUGCACGCUUAACUUUAAUAGCAUGGUUUGGUCAGGGCAAUCGAUUUCAGGUUUUAUUUCCUGAAUUCAAUUCUAUUCUCACAGAUGUUUGAUGGUUUUUUUGUUUCUUUCCAGGCAGUUAAAGAGAAACUUUUGAAUUUUGAGUUAACAUUUUCAUUAACUCCCAUCAAUCCUUCUCAAGGGAUAUUCAUUUUCAUCAUUUCAUAUGGAUAUUCUUAUAAUCUAUUUUUUCAUUAUUAUUUUUUUUUUUUUUGCCAAUAAAAUUGCUAGGGAUAAAGAUGUGUAAUGUUUUUAAUCUUCCUCGUGCAGCACUAUUUAUAGUGUCUUAAAGAAACUGUUUAUAGAUAAUGGUCAUCACACUUUUUGAGCCUAAAACACGUCUAGGUGCUAGGAAACCUUGUAUUUUCAGAGGAAUGCCAAAUUUCCAUUGGCACUAAUACAGAAAACAGCUGCAGAGAUGGUUGUUGGGGCAAUGAGAGAGCGAUUCGUAGCCUAAAAAUGUGUGUUCUUAGGGGUCAGAUUUUAAUGAAUAUUUUACCCACAAUAACUGCCUAUUUUGUUAUAAUAAAUAUAUAUAUAUAUUAAACUUUCUUUAACUAAACUCUGUAACUAUGGGAAUUAUUUUCUUUACAUAGUUGCGCACACGUAUAAAUAUAUAUAUAAAAAAAUAUAUAUUUUUCUUUUACCACCUACUCCUAGCUUUUUGUUUUCAAUAAAAAUACGAAUUAGAAUUUACCUUCCUUAAUCACGUGAAGUCAAAUGGGCUGUGGUGGCUGGGCAAAAAAGUCCAGGGAAUUAUUAGUUACAAGAAAAAAAAAAAAACACGUGCAAGUUCUCCUCUUUUCUACGGAAUUUCAGGUGUUUGUCUCUUUUUGUUUUUCUUUGUAAUCUGCAUGUCUUAACCAAAGGGAGAAUUCAGAGUCAACGAUACAUUUUAUUUUUCUGUAUAUGUUCAUCUUGGAUUGCAUAGGUGCGAGAUCUUCCAUUUGCGAAGCACAAACUUCUGUGCAGAAUGUUAUAAAUAUGUCGUAGCAAAACAUGGAACUACCUUCAGUAAUGAAAUCCUCUCUCAUAUGAUGUGGUACCUGCCAUUGCUUAUCUGAAGCUGAUUGUUCAUGAGGGGGAUGUACUUAUGGCAGUCACACAACCAAAUUUGCUUUGGUUUGUAAAGAAUUAUUGACACUAUCCAUUCCAUUUGUUAGAAAGAGGAGAACAGCUAAUAAACUUCAUUGUAC